AAAACUAGUUUUGAAUUCAAAUUGCAACCUGCAAGUUGCCAUCGAUCAAGUCUUGCAACGCAAGCAGGCUCCGCUUCCUCCGCAGCUUCCAGAAUUUGUUCGAAACGAAGCAAACUGGAGCACGCAACUAUCCAACAUAUAUACUACUAGCAGCAGCGUCUUCCUCCUCGUCGUCUUCAACCUCUCUCGUGUCGCGUGCCAUUCGCCAUCGCCACCACCUCCACUACUCGAUCCCCUCCCAUCCCUCCGGAACCUCCACUACUACUCGCCCCACCAAUGGCUGACGGCGAGUCUCCGCCAUGGGCGGAGCUCGUCCCCGACAUCGUCCGCAAGAUCGGCCGCCACCUCCUGUGCGAGAUCGACCGCCACCACGCGGAUGGCCUCUGCAGGUCCUGGCGCGACGCGCUUCUACAACUCCGGCCCCCGCCUCCGCCGCUCCCGCGGCUUGUCCUCCCGGAAGCCGACGGGCCCGCGUUCUACUGCGUCCCCAGCGGCUGCCGCCCCCACCCCUUCGUCCUCCCGCCCGCCGCGCUCCGCGCGCGGUGCUUCGGCUCGUACAACGGCGCCUGGAUCUUCCAGGCCGUCGACCAGGCGGCGAACCACGUCCUCCUCAACCUCAUCACCCACCAGCAGCUCAACCUCCCCAACCUGAUCCGUUUCCCCUCCUUCCGGCUUCCGGGAUUGACAUUUGACUUCGAGGUCGCCUUCGUCGCCGCCACCCUCUCUAGCCAGCCGACUGAUCAGGGAUGCGUCGGCGCCAGCAUCAUCGGCUUCAAACGCAGGCCCCUCAACCCACGGCACAUCGCGUUCUGGCGCAUGGGCGAUGAGGCGUUCUCGCAGUCCAUCGAGUCGAGGUGGAUUGACGAGGAGCUGGAACUGGAUGUGGUGGACCUCCUGUACAGCGGCCAUGGCGCUGGCGCCUUCCUCUUCCUCACCCGAGGGGAAAACAUCCGUGUGUUUCGUCAACCGAUAUUCCCUCUCGGAGACAUGCAGACGACAGUGCUCUACUUCGAGCGGCGCGGUGACGACGACGACGACGACGGGCGGCCGGUCCUUGAUCGCUACCUCGUGGAGUCCCGGGGGAAGCUGCUCAUGGUCGUCAGGUUAGGAGAUCGUGAGCCUGGCCGCUUGCCGACCACGACGUUCCGGGUGUUCGAGAGAGAAGACGAGCUGUUCAACAACUACUGGACCAAGCUGCCCGACCUUGGCGGCCGAAUGCUGUUCGUCGGAAGAGGCUGCUCCAGAUCGUACGAAGCGGCAGAUGGGUACCCCGGCAUGGAGGGCGUCUACUUCCUGGACGACCGGAGCUUCCACGACCCGAUGGUUGUGUACAAGGAUGCCGCCCAACGGCGGUAUCCCUGCAGCGACAACGGGAGAUGGUCGGGAGCACCGCCACCAGCGGAGGUAGAGCGCUGCUUCCCAGAGCAAGGUCCGUCGAACUACUCCCCUCCGGUUUGGAUUCUCCCAUGAGGCGCACGACACAUGUUUUUGGUUGUUGAAAUUGUUGCCGGUGAUCAGGCUAGUCUGUGAUCGUUGCUAAGCUUUCAUGCCUUCAUCAGCAUGUACUGUGUUAGUGUGUUUAUUCGUUGAGUUUGGAUGGUUUUCUCGUGUUAAAAUUGUUACUGGUGUAAGCUGAAGCAGGAUUGCUCAAUUCAGUGGAGAAAUUGAUCUGCAGGUGACUUACCGUUCCCUUA